AAUCACCACUGACUAAAUCUUCUUACUCCGCUACGCGAUAGAUAAAUCGGCUGUGAGCUUUACGAUCAGAAGCAAUCUUUUCUCUAUGUUCAUUACUCAUUAGAGAGAUUCACAGCCUGUAUCAACACCAGAUUCAAUGGAAUAUGCAAAUGGAGAUGAUUGGCGAGAGGAGCUUUUCCAAAAGAUCAGAUCCAUGAAAGAGAUUUAUUUACCGCAUGUGAAUGAUCUUUACCAGAGAACUGUGGGAAAGUUGCACCAUCAGCAAUCUCUUCUGUACCAACAACGAUCAGAGCAUUUUGAAAAGUUGAAACAGUUGGUGACAAUGUUAGAGUCGAUAAUACAGUUCCUGUCUCUUCCAAAGAGCAAAAUCAGGCCUGCUAUAAAGGAUAAUGUGGAUAAAAACGAGAAAAAGAUUAUAUGUAUCUUGGAGAAGCACAGGCUAAGGCAGAUAAAGCAAUCUCAUGUUCCAGCUAUGCAGCUUAACAUGUCUAGUUCCCAAAGGGAUCCUCGUCAAGGAAGUGCACUGAAUAAUGCAAAUGCUGGUGACUGGCAAGAGGAGAUUUUCCAAAAGAUCAAACUCAUGAAAGAGAUGUACUUACAAGAUCUGGCUGAAAUUUACCAGCGAGUUCAAUUCAAGUUGCACCAACAAGAUUCUAUUCAACAGCAACAAAGAUCACAUAUGUAUGAGAAGCUGAAACUGUUCGAGAUAAUGUUAGAGAAAAUGAUUCAAUUCCUCUCUGUUCCAAAGAGAAAUAUCAUGCCCGCAUUCGAGGAUAAGGUGGCUCAUUAUGAGCAACAGAUUAUAGGACUCUUAAAUGUGCACAGAGCGAUGAAGCCAGUACAGCAAGGGCAGCUUCCGCAAUAUGCGCCCGUUCAAGAUCAACCUCAUGAUAUUCAAACAAAUCCUCAAAUGCAAUCAAUGAGCAUGCAGGGAGCUGGGACAUGGGCACAGCAGGGUAGUCUGCCAAAUAUGCAGAACAAUGUUCUAUCAUCUCGUCCUGGAGUGUUAGCUCCACAUCAGAACAUUCCCAUUUCCAUACAUACUUCUAGUUUAGCAUCAGGCCAAGGAAAUGCAGUGACGAAUAACGGCCAGCAGUUUGUUAUGGGAUCCAUUAACCAACCUCAGUUAAGUUCCAAUUUGCUUCAGUAUCAGCACGUGAUGCAACAUCAAGACCAACAAAUGACGCAGCAGCUCAUACAGCAUCCUCAACUAUGGAUCAUGCAGCAGCAGGAACAGAAACAGUUUCAAGAAAGACAGCAAGCGGCACAAUUACAGCAGGGCCAACAGUCACAAAAUCAGGCAUUCCUAGAGCAGAUGAUCCCCCAGCUUCAGCUGCAUCAACAAUUUAUUCCGCUACAACAGUAUGAGCAACAAAGGGAAGAAGUUUCAGGAAAAGUCACAUACUCCUUGUUUCCAACUCAGAAUGUUGAGAACCAACAGAGACAAGUAUAUCAAACUCAAAGAGCCCUUCCGGAGAUGCCAUCAAAUUCGAAGGCACAGAGGGAGAGUCCAAAUGGAGGUGAUUGGCAAGAGGAGGUUUUCCAAAAGAUCAAACCCAUGAAAGAGAUGUACUUACCAGACCUGGCUGAAAUGUACCACAGAGUUGCAGUCAAGUUGCACCAGCACCUGGAAUCUAUUCAACAGCAAGAAAGAUCAGAUGAGUUUGAGAAAUUGGAAAAAAUCAAGAAAAGGUUGGAGCGAAUGAUACAUUUCCUAUCGGUUCCAAAGAGUAGCAUCACGUUCAUGCCUGACUUGAAGGAUAAUGUGGAUUAUUACGAGAAGCAGAUUAUACAUUUCUUAAAUAUGCACAAGCCAAGGGUGGGUGGCUACUUCAUUUGAAUGUUGUGGUUGGAAAUAUGAAAUUUGUUACUUUUUGUUUUUUCUUUUCUUCCCUUGUGAAUUGUGAUGUAGAUUUCUUAGUUUGAAGUCUCAUCCUCAAUGUUGUUUACUCUUUCUGGUGCUCUGUUUCUACCAGGGUCAUGAAUAAAGACUUAGACCCUUUUUUCAAUGUUU